GAGAAUCAUCUGAAGAAGAACAGAGCAGAGAUGGGGAGAACAGUUGCUUUGCUCAGUCUUUUGGUAACAUUAAACCUCUUGAUGGUAUCUGGAUCUUAUGUGGAAGAUCAUGAUGAAGAUGAUGAUGAUGAUUUCUCUGACGAGCUGACUGGUAAAGAUAUUUUAAGCAGCAUUUUUGAAGCCAAGAAGAAGGUGGAUCUGGCAUUUAAAUUGUCCCGGGAUAGAAUAAAAGAAACUUUGAACAAGGAUGAUCUCCACCCUUCUGAUUUUAUAAAAUAUUUAAAAGCACCCGUGGCAGGUACCAGGACUGCAAUCCGAGCUGCAAAUUAUUUGGAAACCGCUUUGGGUAUCUUAGAGAAGAAACUAAAAUAUAAGCAUCUGAGACCAUUCAACAUUACAGAUGUAUUAAACAGACAGCAGAAAGAGGUACUCUUCAAAUCAACUGGUUGCAAUUAUGUGACACGGCCAAUCUAUUGUCCACUGAAAAGUCCUUACCGGACCAUCACUGGUGAAUGCAACAAUCGGGAGAACCCACAUUUUGGAGUAGCCAAUCAUGCCUAUGUACGCUGGCUUCCAGCAGAAUAUGAAGAUGGCAAAUCCCUUCCAAGAGGACUAAUUGCCGGGCAACUUUAUCAUGGACAUACUCUCCCUCUGGUACGGAGAGUGUCUAAUGAGAUCAUCGCAACUUCCAAUGAGAACGUGACUCCUGACAGGCAACGCUCUCUUGCAUUCAUGCAUUUUGGGCAAUGGCUUGACCAUGACUUGGACUUAGGUCCUAACAGCAUCAGUAAUGACAAUUGUGAAAAUUGUUGCAAUUAUGCACCUCCUUCCUUUCCAAUUAAGAUCCCCCCUGGAGAUCCACGGAUUACGACUCCAGGCAUCUGCCUGCCAUUCAUUAGGACAGCUGCGGUGUGCAACCCCACAACAUUUGUUCGCGAGCAGCUCAAUUCAAUCACCUCAUUCGUGGAUGCCAGUGCUGUGUAUGGGAGUCAAGAACCUCUAGCAAGGACUUUGAGGGACCAAACCAACUCACUUGGUCUCAUGGCAAUCAAUCAGAACUUCAGCGAUGCCGGACUGGCCCUUAUGCCUUUUGAGAACAACUCCAAUAGCAUCUGUCUUCAUACAAAUAAAACUGCCAAAAUCCCAUGUUUUCAAGCAGGAGAUGGAAGGGCCAAUGAAAACCUGGGACUGAUAGCUAUGCAAACUCUCUUUCUUCGGGAGCAUAACCGGAUAGCCAAGGAACUGAAGAUGUGGAAUCCCCAUUGGGAUGGAGAGAGACUCUAUCAAGAAACACGGAAGAUCAUUGGUGCUUUCAAUCAGAUAUACACAUACAGAGAUUACCUACCUCUGCUUCUGGGCAACGAAUUCCAUAAAAAAUUACCUCCGUACAGGGGCUACAAUAAGAAUGUGAACCCCUCCAUUUCAAAUGUUUUCACCGCGGCCUUCCGAUUUGGGCAUGGUUCUGUCCCACCUUUUGUACCCCGCCUGGAUGAGAAAUUCCAGAACUCGCUUCCCUUUUCCAAGACCCCACUUCAUCUCACUUUUCUGGCUCCAUGGAGGAUUGUGAUGGAAGGUGGCAUUGAUCCCAUUGUCCGUGGCUUCAUGGCAGACUAUCCCAAGCUGAUGAGGCAGAACCAGAUAAUGGUUGAUGAGCUUCGGGAACGGCUCUUUGAACAAGUGAAAUAUAUUGCUUUUGAUCUAUCAUCUCUGAAUAUGCAGAGGGGACGAGACCAUGGUUUGCCAGGGUAUAAUGCCUGGAGACGUUUUUGUGGCCUCUUUGCUCCCAGCAACGAAGCCCAGCUUGCUUCAGUCCUUCGCAAUCGGAAACUGGCAAAGGAUUUCAUUAAACUUUAUGGGACGCCCGAAAAUAUUGACAUCUGGAUUGGAGCCAUAGCCGAGCCCUUUGUCCCAAAUGGGAGAGUGGGACCUCUCAUGGCCUGUCUCAUCGGAACUCAGUUUAAAAACCUCAGAGAUGGAGACAGGUAUUGGUGGGAGAAUCCCGGAGUCUUUACCCCAGAGCAGCACCGUGCUCUGAGAAGUGAUUCACUUUCCCGUCUCAUUUGUGACAACACACGCAUCAAAGAAGUGCCCAGAGACAUUUUCAAAAUGAACAGCUAUCCAAAAGAUUUUGUGACCUGCUGUGAAAUCAAGAGUCUGGAUUUGUCAGCUUGGAAAGAAUAGACUUGAAAUCAGAGCAGAAGGAGGAGAGAGGAAGUCUGGGACAGGACCUGGACCUGGGCAACUGUAGCCUCUUUUGCUCAUACUCUAAAACAUGAAACAAUGGUACUAACCAGCUUCCACUGUCAAGGAGAGUUCAUUUUAGGUGGAGUACUAUAAGCCAGGUGCUGGGAAUCGAUUAAAAUGUGCAAUUAACAAAUUCUACAAGUAAAUGCAUAAUGAAGUGGAGGCCUCCUUGUACAGUGUUGCCUAUUGUUGGAAUCCUGACUCACUUCCCCAACUACCACAUUUUCCUGAAGUGAAAAAAGUUUGGACCAGUUGUACUGAGUAUUUCGAGAUGGGAGCAUUCAUUAGGGGGGUGGGGGGGGUGUGGAAAGGUCAGGAUAACCAUGUAUUCAAAGCCCUGUAUUCUUUUUAAUGCAUCAAGUGUGCAAAAUUCUCAGCCCAACUCAUCUCACAAGGAUGUUGUUAUAGGAGGAGGAAGUGUGUUGGAUAUGUUCACCACCUUGAGUUAUUUAUAAAAGGAACAAAGGCAGGAAGU